AGAUGGUAGCGCGCAGUGCGCAGGAUCACUUGGCAACAUUGCGGAUGGCUAUUGGAGUAUAAAAUUUAUUUAAAUUUAUAAUUAAACAUUUUUAAUUAUUAUUUAUUUUAAUUUUUUAAAUUUUAUUUGCCUAUUAUUUCAGCUGAUGAAAAGAGAAAUUAAAUGAAAUGGUAGGAAACUUCCGUCGUUGAUAAUUUAACAUGAAGAUUCAGCAAAAUUACAUAAAAUAUAUUACGGAAGUGGAGCGACAAUUUUUUUUUAACUUUGCGGUAGACUUUGAAAACAAUUCUUUCAAAACAUCAGGAUAUUUAUUUACGACAGGAAAUUAAAAUUUUUAUUUUUAUUAUUGAAGAUAAUUUUUGGUUUGUAAUUUAAAAUGUCAGAAAAAAGAGAAUUGGAAGACAGUAAUAGUGACAAUGAAUGGGUUGGUCCAACACCUAGUGAAGCUGCUCCAGUAAAAAAACAAAAAGUUUUGGAGUACGAACAAGUUUACAUAAAUAAUUUACCUUCAUGCGAGUGUUAUGAAAAGUCUUACAUGCACAAAGAUGUUGUGACACAUAUACUUGUUACGAAAACGAAUUUUUUGAUGACUGCAAGCAGUGACGGUGCUGUAAAAUUUUGGAAAAAGCAGGAUGAGUCAAUAGAGUUUGUUAAAAAUUAUAAAAGCCAUACGAAAGCUAUCAAAGGUCUAGCGACGAGCUAUGAUGGAGUUUUUGCUGCUACUGUUGGUCUUGAUAAAGUAUUAAAAAUUUAUGAUGUCACUAAUUUUGAUAUGAAUAAUAUAAUUGAUUUACUGUACGAACCUUCGUGUGUUGAAUGGGUGUAUUCAUCUGGUGACGCAAUACCAGCAAUAGCUGUCGCCGAUCAAAAUUCACCAAAAAUAUAUGUUUACAAUGGACAAGAAACCAGCCAAAUUCUUCAUGUAUUUGAAUCAUUACAUCUCAAGCCGGUCAUUGUUAUGAAGUUUAAUGUAGCUUACGAUACUUGUAUAUCAAUUGAUCAAGCUGGAAUAUUGGAGUACUGGACCGGACCAAAAACGCAGUAUAAAUUUCCAAAAAAAGUGUCCUUUGAAUCAAAAUUAGACACUGAUCUAUUUGAAUUUGCUAAAAAUAAAACUUGCCCGUGCGGCUUAGCCAUUUCUAUGGAUGGUAAACGUUUUGCGACACUGAGUGGCGAUCGUAAAAUAAGAAUAUUUAAUUUCAUUACUGGUAAAUUGUACCGAGUGUUUGAUGAAUCUUUACAAAAGUUCAGUGAACUUCAUCAAAUGACACAACAACUUCCAAAUAUGGAGUUCGGUCGAAGAAUGGCAGUUGAACGUGAAUUAGAUAAAACGAAAACUAAUUUAGGAAAUAUUAUUUUCGACGAAUCAGGUUAUAUAAUAAUGUAUAGUACAAUGUUGGGAAUAAAAUUAGUAAAUAUAUAUACAAAUCGUUGUAUUAGAAUAUUAGGAAAACCAGAAAAUAUUCGUCCAAUGCAAUUAGCAUUAUUUCAGGGUAAAACACGACAAACAGGAGCAGCUGUAACCGUUGAAAUGCAAGCUGCAGAUAAUCCAACCCUAGAUUUAAUAAAACCCGACCCAACACUUUUUUGCACAGCGCAUAAGAAAAAUCGAUUUUAUUUAUUUUCACGACGAGAACCUCAAGAAAUAGAAGGCCAAGAGAGUGACAGAGAUGUCUUCAAUGAAAAACCCUCUAAAGAAGAUAUUAUAUCUUCAACAGAAGCAAGCAUAAUGCAGAAGAUUUAUGAUACGGCUAUUAUUCACACAGCACUUGGUGAUAUUCACAUAUCGUUAUUUGGUAAAGACGUUCCCAAGACGGUUGAAAAUUUUUGCGUACAUUCGAAAAAUGGAUACUACAAUAGUCACAUAUUUCAUCGUGUUAUAAAAGGAUUCAUGAUUCAAACGGGUGAUCCUACUGGUACAGGAACAGGUGGUGAAUCUAUAUGGGGUGGAGAAUUCGAAGAUGAAUUCAAACCUCAUUUAAAACAUGAUAGACCUUACACACUGAGUAUGGCUAAUGCUGGAGCUAACACCAACGGCAGUCAAUUCUUUAUUACUUUGACUCCAACGCCUUGGCUGGACAACAAACAUACGGUAUUUGGUCGAGUGAUUAAAGGAAUGGAAGUUGUACAAAAUAUAAGUCAAGUUAAAACUAAUCCGAAGACGGAUAAACCUUAUGACGAUAUAAGAAUAAUUAGUAUUACAGUUAAAUAGAUAUAACUAAACUCUUUUAUAUGUUUGUAUGUCAAGGAGAAUUUUAUUAUAAAUCAAAUAAAUUUGAAUUUUUAUAAUACAUAACUAAGUCACUUUAUUUUGUAAAUUCAGUAACUCAAGUUGAGGGUUUUCUUUAAUUUAAUUCAUACAUAACCGCUUCAAUUAAAUUACAUGUAAUUAUUUAUUACUUACAAACGCAUUAAACACAAAUUUAAAUUUCUUGGAAUAAUUUAUAAAAAUUCAUACAUACACAAUUAAAAUUCAACAUUAUUCUUAAUAGUUAUUUAAUUACAUGCAAUUAAUUGCUGUCCAGACACGGAAUUCAGACGCGAGAUGUAGACUAGGUGCUCUGUAAUUACGAAAUUUGUCUUGCAAUUUAAAACGGCAAGAUUUUUGCCUCUGGACAAUUAAUAAAAAUGAUUGC